AGAUGGGUUAUGUUUGCACAAGUAUCACUGAAUGAGUGAAGGAGUUAAGUAAUAGAUUUCUGAGAUUCUAUGGAAUGUUUACGAAGGAAAGUAAUGUACAUUGAAAUGAUUUACUACUUAAAAAAUUUCCAUUCAUAAAUAGAAUUACAAAAUUAUAAUAUUAUUAUGUAUAUAUUUUUUAAUAAUUUAACAAUAUUUAAAUAAAUAUUUUGAAAAUACUAUUCUAACCAUGAUUUAAUUAGUGAAAUUCCGUCAAAAUAAAGUAAAAAAUGUGUAAUGUGGUUAUUUUUAUUUAAAAUUUUAUUCUCCAUAAUUUUAUGGCAUUAAAUUUAAUCAGCCGUGAAUUGAGGUACUAUCCGCUUACGUCAAUCGCUAAUUAUAAUGUACGAGCAACCGAUUCUUUUGAUAUUUUAAUAUUCUGAUUUUACAAACGCGUUUACGUUGAUCAUCAUUGGUGAGAUUACGUUAAGUUAAUAUUCUAUAAUCACAUAAGAGAUUUUAUUAGGAUUCCCGUCAAAACGAUUUUUUAAUUAUUUGUAGAGCAGCAUAAAACACAUUCGGUUUUAAAUACAGGUGUUAGAAUUUCAUUCAAUAAUUAUUCGAUACUUUAUUAACUUCUCAAAGUUCCAAGUAUAACAAUUAAAAAAAAUGGAAAGUGGCAGUAGAUUGUUAUCUAUUCUUUUAAAAGUUUCUGAAAAAGCUGCAAAUAUUGCAAGAGCAUGUAGGCAAAAUGAUGCUCUUUUUAAACUACUUGUGCAAGAGAAGUCAGAAGAAGAGAAGAAUCCACGCUUUUUUCAAGACUUCAAAACUCUAGCAGAUGUUCUUAUACAAGAAACAAUCAAACAUGACAUUGAAAAGGAGUUUCCAGAAUUGGCCAAAGUAUUACAAGGCGAAGAAAAUAAUAUAUUUAGCAAUGCUGUAGGUGAAACCGUAAUUAUUAAAGUUUGUUCUACUAUUGAAGAAACAGUUCAGUUAUUAGCAAAAGUGAUGGAUAGUGAUAUCACAACUGCAGAGUUAUUAGCUGCUGAGGUUCAUAAAGAUAUUGAAUUGUUAGAUGUGCCUAUUAAUACAGAACUAUCUUUGGAUUUUGAUAUUAAUGUUGAUGACCUUGGUAUAUGGGUAGAUCCAAUUGAUUCAACUGCAGAUUAUAUACAUGGAGGAGAAAAAGUGGAUGAUGCGACUGGCAUACAUUUGAGCGGUUUGCGUUGUGUCACUGUUUUGAUUGGAGCAUAUUCCAAGAGCUCAGGCAUACCAGUUUUGGGGGUAGUUAAUCAACCUUUUUACACAUGCAUAGAUGAAUGGUGGAAGGGAAAUUGUUACUGGGGCUUUGUUGAAAAUGAUGUUGGAAAAUGUUCUAUACUCAAAGAACCUACUGAUAAGAAGGUAGUAGUUCUUAGUAAAGUGGAAGAUGUUAACAUAAAAUCUAAAUUAUUAAGUGCUGGUUUCACUUUAGUAGAAGCAGCAGGGGCUGGUUAUAAGAUUUUAUGUGUUGCUCUUGGCCAAGCUGAUGCUUAUAUUUUAUCUAAAAAAUCUACCUAUAAGUGGGAUACGUGUGGUCCCCAUGCUCUCCUACGUUCUUUAACCGGUGGUAUUAUUGAAUUUGAAAGUUUUAUAAACAAUUAUGAUUCAAAUCACUUGAAUAUAAAAUAUGUAUCCACAACUAAUAAUUUUUCAAAUAAUAGUGGUUUGAUAGCAUAUCGAGAUCCUGAAAUUUUACAAGUACUAAAAUAUAUUUUAUGCAAGUAAUGCAUUUUUAAUAUUAUUUAUUCAAAUAUCACUAUACUUACAUAUUUUAUGUAUUAUGGUAAUAUCAGUUAGUGGAAGUUUAAAACUUCUAAAAAGGACUUAUUGACGAUGCAUUUAUUGUCAAAUAUACCUUUGCACUUAUAAGUGUAAAUUAACUUUUUAAAGUAAAUAUUAUUAAAUAAUCUUAUGAUUAAGGUGUUAAAUAUGUUUGUCACAUUCUAUAAAAAUUUUAUGAAAUGGAUAAAGUACAAAAAUUCUUUUAAAUGCAUUCAAUGAUUUAUUUUACUUAAGAACUUCUUAAUUAAAGAAUUACUGAUAUCAACAGCAAAGAAAUCAUUUCUUCACAAUUGUAUUGUGAUAAAUUAAAUUUUUUUGUCACUUAAUUUGUAUUUAAUGCAAGCAGUAAUAUGUGUUUUAAUGAAUAAUUAAUUAGAUAAGAAUAAAUAUAGUGUGAUAUCAGGUCUGUCCAACUAUAAGAUUGUAGAAAGUUAAUAAAAGUUAUAUGUUUAUUUAUAGGCUAAAUGUUAAAUAUAUUUUUCUGGAGAGUAUACAUAAUUUUGAAGUAUUUUUGAAACCAAAGUUUUUAUUUUAUACUCACUAUAUUAAAAGUACUUAAAUAAUUGUAUAAAUUACCUUAUUCGAUAUUUCAAUUACGAAAUUAUGUCUAUUUGCAGUCAAUAAUAAGUCAUAAAAUAUGUUAAAAAGGUUUAUGUGAAAUAAUUGAAGAAAUUUUCGAGAAACCAAAAAUUUUACUAUCGUUCAUGACGACCAAUUGUAAUAUUAUCCUUAACAUUCCAAUAUCAUUUUAGUGAGUAGUUCUUUAACUGACCAUUAUGCAUGAGAAGAAGACCCUGUAAUUGAUGAGUUUUAAAUUUUUAGACAGUAAACUAGUUUGAUCUGGACCUCGGAGCCUACGCAAUGUUUAUUUUUUCUCUGUUUUUAUAUCUGUCUGUGACAUGGCAUGCCAUCUUGUUAGUAAAUGAGAGUAAACUUUUUUAAGUAAAAUCAAUUUGGCUAAUGGCUUCACAUAAAAUAAGGAAUAAAUAAACAUUUAGUAAAAUUAUAUCACACAAUGGGAAUUAUUUUAUGUAACAAGUUGUAUUGUAUGAUAAAUAAAUGUAUUAUAUACUUAUUAUUAUGUACGUGGGGAAAUAAAUGAAAAAAUGGAAUAUGGUUUCA